AUGGAGCCGUGCAUUAUCAUCCACGGAGGCUGUAGGCCUAUCCCUGCAGAGUUCAAAGAACCUUACAAACAGGGUGUUCAACUUGCAGCUAGAAAAGGAUAUGCAGUGCUUCUUGAGGGCGGAAGUGCAUUAGAAGCUGUUGAAGAAGCUGUGAGAAACAUGGAAGAUAACCCUCUUUUCAAUGCUGGACGCGGAUGUGCCCUCACAGAGGAAAACACUGCAGAACUUGAUGCACUUAUAAUGGAUGGACACAAUCUGGCAGCUGGAGCAGUUGCUUGUGUUCGAGGUAUUGCCAACCCUGUUUCUCUUGCACGACGUGUCAUGGAGGAUACUCCUCAUUGCUUACUGGCUGGGGAAGGAGCUUUAAAGUUUGCAAAGAAGAUUGGAUUUCCUGUUGUUGAAGAUCCAUUAGUGCUCAUCACAGCUGAAUCAUAUGACCGUUCUGCAAAUGCAGCAAAUUAUGUAGAGACAGUUGAGGAUUAUAAUGCUGGGAAUUUGAAACAAACAGAUAGUGCUGGAAGUUCACAGGGAUUUGACACUGUAGGAGCAGUUGCAUUUGAUUCUCAUGGACAACUUGCAAGUGCUACUUCUACAGGUGUGUUCCCAAUCUCUUGUGUUAUAGUGGAACCCACUCAAUGGAAAUAA